GGAGGAGAAGGGGAGAGGGCUGUGAUCAUUUCUGUGAAGACGAUGGCAUCAAACAAUAUUCCAGGAUUUACACGAUCAGACGAAUAUGAAACCCAAUUGUAUGGAUUCAGCUCCCACGAUCUGUUUCUCCACUUGAAAGACUUCCUGCUCCAUGAAAUGAAAACUUCUACUGAACUACUUAAAAACUUUCUGCUCGAGUUACAAAAGAGUGAAGAUCAUAAAGCAGCUGCGGAAAAGUCAAUUGAAGCGUUUAUCGCUAAAUCUGAGGAAAUGACAACAGUUGCUUUGGCAAACCUAGAAGAAAAUGUGUCAAGUACUUUUAGUAUACCACCCUAUGUUCUCCUACCAUCUGAUAAUGUUCAGAGGAAAAGUUAUACUCAAGAAGAUGAGUUGAAGGAGAAGGAAAAGGUUUCAAAGCUGAAAUCAAGAUACAGACGGGCAGAAUUUCUGAAGCAGGUUUUACAGGAAGAGCUUGCCAUGGCAAGUGAACUAGAAGGUAGUAUAGAAAUGGGAAGGAAAGUUAUGUCUGAAAUAAAAGAACUUAAAGAUAGUUCUGAGAACUAUGAACAGGAUUCCAAAAAUUUCCACAAGAUUGUUCAGGAUUUACUCGGUGUUGAAGUUAAAGAGGCAAGUUUGAAGCUUUCGAAUGGUCCAUCCUGGGCUGAAAGUGAGGACAUAAUGGAUGAACAUAUAUUUAAUGAAUAUUUUAGUGGUCAAUGAGCUUCUUUUAAUCAUUAAUGUAAGUAAUGCUUUUAUCAUAAUGUGAAUUUUUUAAACAAUCCAUCCUGGGCUGAAAGUGGAGACGUCGAACGAAACUAUUAUAUUUUAAUGAACAAGUGAGAUCCUUUCAAUAAAUGAGACACUUUAAAAUUAA